AUGAUUGGUGAUGACAUCAUUUUGCCAUGCCACCUGGAACCUGCUGUGGAUGCUGUUGACCUGACUGUGGAUUGGUCCAGAACUGACCUCAAACCUAGAUCUGUCUAUGUGAGGCGAGAGGGUGUGGAGCUUCUGACUGAGCAGAAUCCUUUGUACACAGGAAGAACAUCACUCUCUGUCAACAAACUGCAGUGUGGAGACGUUUCAUUGAAACUCUCCACAGUACAACUCUCUGAUGCAGGAACAUACAAAUGCCUUGUACCUAAAUUUAAUGCAGAAACUGUGGUGGUGCUUGUUGUGGGUUCAGUUUCCUCACCAGUCAUAGAACUUACCAAUGUCAAACAUGAAAUGGUGUUAGAGUGUAAAUCUAAUGGCUGGUAUCCAGAGCCUCAGAUGUUGUGGGUGGACAGUGAGGGAAAACCUAUUUCUCUUGAACCUACAAAAAAUGUCAGAGGUUCUGAUGGGCUCUAUACUGUCAGCAGUAAAGUGACUGUGGAGAAAGGACAGAGCUACAGCUUCACCUGCAAAGUUCAACAGCAGAAUAUCAGUCAAAUCAAAGAGGCACACAUCCAUGUUUCAGGUGAUCAUGAUGAGAGAGAGAGACAGAGUCUGGCUGGCAUUCGCUGGCAGUUCUUGCUGCAGUCUACCGGUAGCGUCUCCUUUCAGGCCAGGAUGAAUGUCGCCGAGCAGUGA